UUUUAAUUCCAGCCCUAUUAUUUUUAAAGAAAAUAAAUUCCUCUGUUUUUCCCUGUCUCUCUCUAUCCCUUUCUCUCUCUAAAACAAAGUUGAAAUUGUAAUGGCCUUGGCAUCAAGCACAGCAGCAACUCUUACUACCAGAACCUCGUCAUCCCUCGCAAAACCCUACCAACCCACCACCACUACCACCGCCGCCUUCAAUCUAUCUCUUCAAUCGCCGUCGAAAUCCCUUAGAAUCUCCCCAAAUCGUCAUUCAAUUUGCUGUGUUAUGGCCCCAGAUAUGGCUUCCAAGGCGGCGGCUUCGGUGGCGGAGGAGGAGAGAGAUUUGAGCGUAUUUCAACGGCCUGAUUCUUUUGGAAGGUUUGGUAAAUUUGGGGGCAAGUAUGUGCCGGAAACCCUAAUGUAUGCCCUUUCUGAGCUUGAAACCGCAUUCCGCUCUCUAUCCAGCGAUCAUGAUUUUCAGAAAGAACUAGACGGGAUACUGAGGGAUUAUGUGGGGAGAGAAACUCCUCUCUACUUCGCAGAACGCCUUACUGAGCAUUACAAGCUUGCUAAUGGUCAAGGGCCUGACAUAUACCUAAAGAGGGAAGAUUUGAACCACACUGGUGCCCACAAAAUCAAUAAUGCUGUUGGUCAAGCUUUGCUUGCCAAGAAAUUAGGAAAGAAACGUAUCAUUGCUGAAACUGGAGCUGGUCAACAUGGAGUUGCAACUGCUACCGUGUGUGCUAGGUUUGGCUUGCAGUGUAUUAUUUACAUGGGAGCACAAGACAUGGAAAGACAAGCUUUGAAUGUUUUCCGUAUGCGUCUUCUUGGUGCUGAGGUCAGAGCUGUCCAUUCUGGCACAGCCACUCUGAAGGAUGCUACAUCUGAAGCGAUAAGGGAUUGGGUAACAAAUGUGGAGACAACGCAUUAUAUUUUGGGGUCUGUUGCUGGCCCGCAUCCGUACCCCAUGAUGGUUAGAGACUUCCAUGCAGUGAUUGGUAAAGAAACUAGGAAACAGGCAUUGGAGAAAUGGGGUGGCAAGCCAGAUGUGUUGGUUGCAUGUGUUGGAGGAGGUUCUAAUGCCAUGGGACUCUUCCAUGAGUUUGUUGAGGACAAAGAUGUUAGGUUGAUCGGUGUUGAGGCUGCCGGGUUUGGCUUAGAUAGUGGCAAGCAUGCAGCUACUUUGACUCUAGGGGAGGUUGGAGUGUUGCAUGGAGCGAUGAGCUAUCUAUUGCAGGAUGAUGAUGGUCAGAUUAUAGAGCCUCACUCAAUUAGUGCAGGCUUGGACUACCCUGGAGUUGGUCCUGAGCAUAGCUAUCUGAAAGACUUGGGACGUGCUGAGUACUUCAGUGUUACUGAUGAAGAGGCUUUGGAAGCGUUCAAGAGAUUAUCCCGACUAGAAGGCAUUAUCCCUGCUCUGGAGACGUCUCAUGCACUGGCCUAUCUGGAGCAGCUGUGUCCAACUCUCCCAAAUGGCACUAAGGUGGUUCUCAAUUGCAGUGGCAGAGGGGACAAGGAUGUACAUACAGCAAUCAAGCAUUUGAAGAUGUGAUAUGUUGGGAAGAUACUUGAGAGAAGGAAUAAAGUUUGGUUUUGUGAUUGUCUUUAUCAAGUGUUGUUGUAUGCGCAAAGAACAUUCAAAUUUGUUAUUUGCAGCCGUCAUUGUAUGUGUGUCAUAGACAUAGUCGAAGCAGCAAGUAUUUAGGAUUGGGUGCAUAUCAAAUCUACAAAUCUGUAUGUUAUGUUCGAUUUGUGGAUUUGAAUAGCUGUCUUUACUUAGUGUUGUAUGCGCAAAGAACAUUCAAUUUUGGACUCACAAAUGUACGAUUACUGGUAUAUUGUAUUGUAGAUUACAAUCUAUAUUUAUAUUAUCAAAAUAUGUGUCCGUCAAA